UGCACUGCUCUCUGUUAGUUCAAUGAAACUGUGUGAUGUGAACGUGUGCAGUGAGGGACUGGUGCAUCGAGGGUUAAUUUCUGAUUGCUGCUGUGAAACAGACCAGCGACACACUCCGCUAAUGAAGAGCUCAUGGGAUGGAGGCUGAGGGUGGGGGAGGGACACGUUGCUGUUGCCGUGGUUAUUCUGUAUUGAACCCUGCUGGAACUGUGUCCGAGAAAUAUGCUAUGUGCACACUGUAGUGACAAUGCCUAUAUGUGCGAAAGGUGAUGCGGUGACUUAAAACUCAGCUGAUUCAUGUUGUGGGCGAGCAGCUUAGUUACAUCAGGAUUCAAAUCCUAAUGAUUUAUUUUGUGUAGAUUUUUCCGUCCCGCCUUGUGGAUGUGACUGGUGCACAUGACAUUCACUAUACAAGCUGGAAGAGUAUUAUCAGAUGACAUCUCCGCCCACGCCCCCCCCCCACAAGUAUUAGGGAGAACUAAUACCAGUCAUGUCACUCUGCAGAUGAGGACACUACUGACCUGGGAGGGUGCCUGGAACGUCCUGCUGCAGUGUAGAUCAUUUUGGAAUCGGGAGCGUUUCCACCGUCCACCAGGGAAGAACCCGCAGCUCCUCCAGACUGCUCGACUACAACCUGCGGGAGGAUUCCCUUCAUGUUUGAGAAAUCCUUUAAUCCCUUUCAUGGCAUCUUGUGCGGCUGCCGUUGCCUGUUUGGCUGCACAGACGUGAAACUUCUGGUUCUAAAUCUCCCAGAUGAUGUAAUGGGUUACAGAUGUUUUUGUGCCUUGCUUUGUCCGGAGCGAUGGAUUUGUGUGGUCCGUAGAAGAGAGUUCACCGGGAGAUCUCCAGGGCUGAACGCCUGAAUGUAUUUACAGCGGAUGAGCUCCAGCGCGGGAACCAUUGCACGUCUGUGGAUGUUGGUUUAGGAACGUGGGCGCGCCAUGCCUCACCAUGACGACGAGUAUCCAGAUCAGCCUGUGUGGCAGUCGGUGCUGCUCUUCUGCUGUAAGGGCAUGAUCGAGGGCAUCAUGGUUAUACUCUUCUUCUGGCUUCUGGUGCAGGUUCUUUUCACCAAACACCUGGAAGUUCACCUCCAGGUUCUUCUUCUAGUUGGACUGAUCGUCUUUUGUCUCUCCUUGAUGCUGGGAUGCGUCCUGUGUUGGAGGAAAAGUCAGAUUUGCGCGGUGGAGAACAAACAUCCCGUGACGUCAGCAGCAGCUCCUCCUGAACCUGUGACCUUCGCUCAGGACCCGCCUCCCUCGGCCACGGCGGCCAAGAGGCAGCAACAGGAGGAGGAUUUAGUGGAGUAUCCCUCCACAUUCACCAGCCCUGGCCCUUCAGAGCUCGAAUUCACCGCUCAGCCUCCCGGCGCCUCCAACCGCAGGGACCGGUCGAGGAUCAGCUUCUCCCUGCGCCGCCUCAGCACGCCACCGCUCACGUCGCCUCUCUACAAACCAAUAGGUGCCGGCCACGCCUCCCGGCUCGCGCUUCCCACACUGGGACUGUUCUCCAAGACGCGCGCGGCCCUGCAGAGGCGCUGCACCAUCGCUGGCGACAGAGCGUCCUGCAACGAACACAGCCGCCUCACGGCCGUGUCUGCCUCCAUGUCGGAGGAGCCAGUUCCACUGACUCCCCUGACGUACGGCUCCGGCGCCGGCUGCAGGCGGGCGCCGCCACCAAAGCCUUGCCUCCAUCUCAUUAUGGGCUUCGCUCCAGAGCAGCAGGUCCUGACAGUGACUGUGCUCAGCGUGAGCGGGACCCCUCACACGCUGGAGGACCUGUGGGUGCUGGGCAGCCUGCCCCCGCUGCACCCCCGCCCCACUCAGGCCUGUGCUCGGGGGGACCCCGGCCGCGAGGCCGGCAGCCUGGGGCUGGCGCUGAAGGUGAGCUCUGUGGAGGAGCUCCAGAGGUGCACGCUCAAAAUAGCCGUGCACGCCCGCGAGCCAAACGGCCCCGGAGGCGCUGCACUGGGGGAAGCGGAGGCCGACUGCGGAGGAAGAGACUGGCUCGCGGAGCGUUGCUUUCACGUCCUGCAGGAGCUCAGCACGAACACAGGGGCGCCAAGAAAGGGUCCGGUCCCAGACGACGGGGGCCGUCGCUGUCCUCCACAGAUCCUCGUUUUGCUUCACUAUCAGGCUCUGGCUCGCCGCAUAAAGGCCGCCAUCAUCAGAGUCGCUAACUUGGACGAGCUGGUCCACGCGUCAGCAGGAGCAGAUUACAACGUGGUGAUCAAUCUGCACCAUGAUGGAGCUGUGAUCAGCCGCAGACAAACUAAAGGAGGAUCCAGUGCCGUGUUGAAUACUUCUUUCCUGUUUGACGUGCCUGAGGGAAACAUCAGUCAGCUGCAGCUCAUGAUGGAAUUUAUAGUUGUGCAGGACAUUUGCAGAGAUCAGGUUCUCGGUCGAGUCGUGGUCGGAGCAGAAGCUGCAGAUGCGGGUCGCGCUCACUGGAGGGACACGUGCAGUCUGCAGGGGGAGCAGGUGCGAUGGCACACGCUUCAGCCAGAACCACAGCAGAGUUCUGACUCCUACGCUGGAAACGCCGUGUGAACGGGUUGAACGCAAGUGAUGCUGAUGUGACUUAUUGAGUUUACUGACACCUCUCUAAGCAAUAAAGUUAUAAAGCAUGGCCUUUAUGUCACUUUGUCAACCUGUGAGUAAAGUACUGUAAAUGCACAAUGUAGAACAGUGAGGGGUCAGAGCCAUGUUACACGCUCUAAGGGGAUGUCACAGAGUCUUAAUUAAAUUAAAUGCAAAUGAAGAGUUUCUCAUUUGGUCUUUGUGACUAAAAUACCCUUUAUUUGAUAUAUCACAGAUUUGUCGUCAUUUAUUCUGA